GUAGGAGGAAAUUUUAUAUAAAAAUAAAAUAAAAUAAAAUAGCCGUUGUAGCCGUUGUCUAUAUAUAAAGGUGCAUCAGGAAGGAUGAGAAACACGCUCAUGAAAGUUGCAUUCUUAGAACCGAAUCAAACCCUUUUCGUAACCAUACGUGAUUCAAAUCUCUCUCUCUCUCAUAGAUAAGAUAUCUUGCUUUCUUUGAUUAACAAGAGAACAUUUUGGGUUUUGUUUGUAAUAAUAUUGUGUUUGUAACAUUUUGGGUUUUGUAAAAGAUCCAACUUUUGAUGGUCUGGUCUUGAUAUAGUUUCUUCUGAUCAAUUGUUCUGCAAAAUGCAAUAAAAAACAAAUCAAAGAAUUUUGUUAUGCUGUAAGCUGUAUGUUUUUUCGUAUGUAAAUCUCUGUAAAUAUUGAUAAUCUUUUUGUUUGUCUUAUAUUAAUUUGCUUUCACUCAACGGCAGGAUAUAAGAUCUGUAAAUUUUCAGGCAUUGAUUCGUGUUUAUUAGAGAUCAUCGCCAGUUUCUUUUGCUUUCUCGUUUGAUUUUCUUGGACUUUUUCUUAAUUUUCUCAAAAUUUGGUAUCUUUUUGAUCUUCUGAAAACCAGAUAAAUCAUCCAUGGAAGCGGUUCUAUUAAGAUCAUCUCCAGAUCAACUAAUCUCUCCUAACAAGCAGCAACACAUGAGAAACUCAAGGAGAAACAGUCCUCCAUUCAUUUCCCGACCUUCAAACUUUCAAAGGGGUCUUUUGCUACCGCCUCCACCUUCUCUCUCCUACUCGUUCCCUCCUCCGGCUUCACUUUCCAAUCAUCCACCACAACAGCAGCCACCUCUUCUUCCUCUUCCCAUCUCUAGACCACCUCACAAAGGCAAUAACCAUCGCAGUCGAGGCCUCUCGUGCCCUCCAGUCAACAGAAAAACCAACAAUAGAAGCAGAGACCACUCUCACAUACCCAAAAAAUCAAAACAAUUCACCGCUAGUCCCAAAAAGGAAGACCCUUUCAAAUCGAUGAAGAUGAGAACAACAGUUUUAUCUGAUUGUUUGAUUGUCGCGUCCACUAACCGGUUGGGACCUGACCCCAAGGAUCUUCCCCAGGCUGUUUCCAGGGUUUUCUCUUUCUCAUCUUCUUCUUCAGCCAGCAGCACCAACAAUACCGAUGCUGCUGCUCUCACUGCCACGGAACAGUUGGACAAUAAGUUCUCAGGUUCUGUUGUGCUUACAGUCUCUCCUCCACCAAGCUGCUUGCCUUUGCCCACUUUUUCUCUGAGGCCAAAGCUCAGUUGCAGUGUCGAGGCUACCGGAAUCGAUGCUGGGGCGACCAACAGUCUCCGGAGACUUCUCCGACUCCAGUGAUUGGUGGUGUAUAUUAAAUUACAUCUGUACAGACUACACUUGCUAUUUACAUGUUAUCAAAGUGUCUUAAAUCUAAGUCGGGUAUUUCAUAGUAUGUAAAAAAUAAAAAAGCAUAGAAAAGGAUGCUUUGUUGAUGGUGGUAAGUUUAUUUUAUUUUUUUUUGUUUUUGUAAUAGUUUGUGAUCACCGCCAAUGUUUUUGUAAUGGGGUGCACAAAGAAUAUGCUUGUAUUUAACUUUGGGCAAGGA